AUGAUGCUUCAUGCCCCAGGACACCUGUGUGUAAGUAGCUCAAGGCACCAAUGCCAAUACAGACAUCAGCCUUGUUUCAGCUGCAACUUUGACAACCAGCAGAGGGCACCAGUACCGAUGCCAGAGUGUGACCCUCUCCCACCAUACAGCAGGUGCCAAGGCUCACCCGCUUGUUUCCAGAUGCUUCCACUUCAGAGCUUGCAACUUGCCCCCCUUUGCAAUAAGGGAUGCCUCCCCGCAGCUAUAAAUGGAUUCUAUGGAAAGGUCCAUCUCUCUUUGGAGAACAAGGCACUUUGGGAGGAGUUCUACUCUCUUGGCACUGAAAUGAUCAUCACCAAAUCUGGCAGACGUAUGUUCCCACCCUGCAAAAUGAUAGCGUCAGGCCUGGAUCCUCAUUCUCUCUACCUGAUGCUGAUGGAUAUAGUACCUUCAGACAAUGCACGGUAUAAGUGGCACUGUGGCCACUGGGAGGUGGUUGGAAAAGCUGAUCCCCACUUCCCCAGCCACUUCUACCUCCAUCCAGAUUCCCCUGCUCCUGGCAGUCACUGGAUGAAAGAACCUAUCUCGUUCCAGAGACUCAAGAUCACCAACAAUACCCUGGAGCAGUGUGAACAUAUUAUUUUGCACUCGAUGCACAAAUACCAGCCACGGUUCCAUGUGGUACUGACCAGCCGCCACACAUUCACCCUUCCCUGGAAUGCUGUGACUACGUUUGUGUUCCCAGAAACAACAUUUAUGGCUGUGACAGCUUAUCAAAAUUCCGAGAUUACCCAGAUGAAGAUUGAUAAUAAUCCAUUUGCAAAAGGCUUUAGAGAGAAUGGGCUCAGCUAUAAGAAAAAUCGAAGGAAAAAUGUCAGAGGCACUGAAACAGUAAAGCAAGCAAGUGUGGAGGAGACAUGCUGUGAGCUCCCCACUGGUGCUGAUCAAGUUGGGUGAGAGAAAAUACAGCUCUGAAACCAUCCAGAAAACUGAAAUUGUUUUUGCUUCUGCUCUG